GAAAUCGGAAAGUCCGCUGAUAUAUCCCUGAUAUAUAUAUUGUCGAAAAAAUAUAUAUAUUAAUAUUUGCCCUUGCGUGCUGGUCGUGCUCUCUCUUCCCGCGUUGUUUUGUCUUCUGCUUUCUGGAGCUUUGCGCGCGCGCAACCACGGAUCGUCCGAGAGAACAUUUCCCAUCGAACAACAGCAAUCAUUAAAUUCUUGCAGCGUGACACCAACGAGACACUUAAUCAACUUUGACCAAAAUGCAGCAAAAGGUUGAAGAGAAAAUCGAUCCCCUGACACGCAUUCAGGAGGAGAUCAAGGAAGUGGUGAGACGCGAGGAGGAGUACCGCCAGCUGGCCACGCUCUCCUCCACCGGGGGUGGUGCUGCCACCCCGCCACCCAUUCAGGUGGACGAAUUCGAGACGUACACGAUUAAUGGCAACGGCAACGACUUCGGUCAGGAUCAGGAGCCGCAGGGGCAGGAGCAGCUGCUUGAUCUGGGCGAGGAUGAGGAGGAGCAGGACCAGGGCCGGGGUGUUCUGGUCACGGCCCAGCCGGCCUUGGCGGCGGUACAGACCACGGCCCUGCUGCUGCCCAUCGACGAGCACUCGAACACACCCUCUCUGGCGUCCAGCGUCAACAGCACCAAGGAGGAGAGCCUCGACGGCCAGCACUCGGACGACUCCGGCAUCUCGGCCUCCUCCCAGAGCAACAACAACAACAACAACAGCAACAAUCUGGUGAAGCAGCUGCAGCCGCUGAAGCUGACGGUGGUGUCUCGCCAGGAGCAGCGCUACAUCGGCCCCAACUGCUACAACCUGACCCCGGAGCCGCCGCAGCAGAAGCUGAUGACCCGCACCAUCUCCACGCCGCAGUUGAACGGAGUGCAGAAACGGCAGUUCGCCUUCAACGGCUCCACCAAGGGGGUGAUGCAGCGCUUCAUCGCCUCGCACGGCAAGGUGGGUCCCAGCAGCCCCAUGAGCAGCCCCUCCUCCCCGCUGACCCUGACCAACGGCAGCAGUGGCAACCUGAACGGGAACGUGAACGGCAGCACUCAGACGACCCUCAAGCUGAACGCCCAGAACGCGCUGGCCUUCCUGGAGACGGGCGGCAACAACUCGCCGACGGUCACCCUGUCGCCGGCGGCCAUUGAGCGGGACUCGGAGGGACGACCCCUGCGCCGCGGCUAUGUGCCCGUGGAGCAGAAGAUACAGCGCGAGCUGCAGGACCUCAAGUCGCGGGAGUCCGAGCUGAAGCGUCUGCGCAAGCUGAACAGGCAGAACACCCUCAGGGCCUCGCAGGACAAGCUAAUAUUCAGCACAGAUGACGAGGCCGAUGCGGAGGCGGAUGACGAUGAGGACUCCGAGGAGGAGCACUGCUAUGGCCCGGGAAAACUUCGCAAUGCCCAGUCCACGCAGGAGCUCGACAGAAACGGAAAUGAGCAGGAGAUUGUCCACAAUUCACAAAGAAUGACCUGCGGCUAUGCCUACAUAAUGGCCAAUGGAAGUGGCAAUGGCAAUGGCAAUGGAAAUGGAAGUGCCAGCUGUAAUGGAGGCAUGCGUCCGGCCAUGUCGCUGGCCCAGCUCUGUGAUCUGACGCCGGAGGAGGCCCCCUCGUCGCACCGCCUCAUCGCCCAGUGGGAGAGCCUGAUCAAAAAGAACGCCGAGGGCGGAGCGGCCAUCGAGGCGGUCAUCUAAGGAAGCCAACCACUCCACACACCACACACACCAACGAUCUGGUGCAGAGCAGACCAAAUUAUUAUUGUAGUGUCCACAUAGCCACACAUGGCACUCCUUCCCCCUUCCGACGAUCGUCGGCUAAUGCCCCCAAUCGCACGUCAAUGUCCUGCUGCUUGCUUAGCGCCCCCCGCCCCCAUUAUCAACGAAUUAAUUCUAAACGCCAACCAAUUGAAAUUGCGGCUG